GAAGCUAACUGAAUACAGACGAGAGGUACAGGGAGAUGUCCCACCCUUUUUAACACAAGCUGAGCUCUCCGUGGAUUCUAACGGUUUCAUACGAGCACGACUUAAACUUUAAACAGGGCCGAGAUGACGACGAGGUCAGAGAGAGAAAAAGCCCAGAAACUGAAUGAGCAGCAUCAGGCCAUUCUGUCUAAACUGCUGAGAGAGGACGACAACAAGUACUGUGCUGACUGUGAGGCUAAAGGUCCUCGGUGGGCAUCAUGGAACCUCGGCGUGUUUAUGUGUAUCCGCUGUGCCGGCAUCCACCGCAAUCUGGGCGUCCACAUCUCCAGAGUGAAAUCUGUCAAUCUGGACCAGUGGACACCUGAGCAGAUCCAGAGUAUGGUGGACAUGGGAAACACCAGGGCCCGGCAGCUCUAUGAAGCCCACCUACCGGAGAGCUUCAGACGGCCACAGACGGACCAAGCAGUGGAGGUCUUCAUCCGUGACAAGUAUGAGAGGAAAAAGUACUACGACAAGGAAGCCUUGGCCACAGCUCCACAGAAGUCGUCUGAAGCUGAUCCCUCCUCCACUUGCUCCUCACCAUCCUCUCAGGCCGACAGGAGCCGACAGGAGAAGGAGCGUAAAAAAGAAAAAGAAGAGAAGAAGAAGGAUUCUGAUAAAGUGGAGAAACAAAGCAACUCAAAGCAGUCAGAGAGCAAAGCCAACACCAAGGAGGGUACGGAGCCGGCUGUGGACCUGCUGGGUCUGGAUGCUCCAGAAGGUGGUAAGAGCUCAGGAGCUGCUGCACCAAUCAGUGAUGAGUUGGACAUCUUUGGACCAAUGGUGUCAAACCCCCUUCCCUCAUCCGGAAACACACAGCAGAAUCAGUCUGGUUCCAGUACAGCACCUCCACAGGCAGACCCUUCCACCUCUUCCUCCUCCUCCUCCUCUACCUCCACUGCUACAACCACAAAGGCGGAGCAGAAGAAGCUUUUAUCUAAAGACUCCAUCCUGUCUCUGUACGCCAGCAGCUCAGUGGGCAGCCAGCCGCAGAGCCAGCAACAGCCCGCUCCUGGACAAGCAGGGAUGUACAUGGGUCAGCCUCAGAUGCAGUUCACUCCACAGGGCUUCGCUCCAGGGAUGGGUGGAGCCGUCCCGCCAACCACUAUGAUGGGUGGAGGAGCCAUGAUGCCCAACGGAGGCUACAUGAGCAUGCAGCAGCAGCAGCAGCAGGGCGCCAUGCCAGCUAACCAAGGACAGAACAUGUACGGUGUGCAGCAAGGACAGCAGCAAGGACAGUGGAACAUGAGCCAGAUGACCCAGCAGAUGUCAGGCAUGGCCGUGAGUGGUGGAGUUCAGGCGCCGGCCACUUUUAGCCAACCAGGGGCCCCGGCAGCCGGUUGGCCUGCAGCUGCACCGGCAGCAUCCGGCCAGACCCUCAGCACUCAGCUGUGGAAGUGACGAGCAGGGCGUCCAGAGGAUGAAGGGGGGGAAACGGCCAUCCGAAAACAAAAUGGCUGAUGUUUUCUCCUCCAUCUCCUUCCCGCUCAGAGUGAAAAAACGCACAAGCUGGGGUAGUUUAACUACCCUAAACACCCCUCCCCAAUCCCAACACACCUUCACCAUGAAUCCUUUAAAAGAUGAUGUGACACUGGAUGGAGCGGAGAAAAAAGACAGACUGGCAGCUGUUGUUUCUCACCUUUAUUCCUCUUCUUUCUCCUUCAUUUCCUUUUGUUGUUGUCUGAAGAAAGAGACAAAAACAGCAGAUUAACCAUAAAGAAAGCUGCUGGAGCGUUAACUCCAAGUGUCUACUCUAGUAAUAUUAUAUCAUUACCAAAAUGGAUAGUUAGUGAAUAGUCUUUAAAAAACCUACCGUAGAUAUGGCUAUCUCGUGGUUGGUCUAUGCUACCCUCUCCCAUUCCUUCCUCUCUCUCUCUGCUGUGUAUACUGUAACUUCCCCCUCUCCCUCUCCCCCCUCCUUUUCCCCUCUCUGCAGGGCGAGCAGAGCCUUGUAGCAGAUAGUCGUCUGAGCAGUACUGUAUUUAUGUGAAUAAGAUGUGAACCUUUGACUUUAUUCAGAGCCAUAAGACAGAGAGGCUGCUUCAACUCUCACUGAUGUUGUUUGGUUUGAGUUAUCCUCUUCAUUUGAUUCACACAAUGUGGAAAUAAUCUGGAGUAAUUAUCUCCAGUUUACUUUAAAGCAACAUUUUACAUUGCUGUCACUAACUCAUAGCUGCUACAGCUGGGCUCAGACUACAGGAGGUGUACAUCCUGACAGAUCCUAACUAAUGUAGGGAGAGCUUGAUAGGACUUGUGCAUAAUUUAAUCACAUACCAAAAGACUUUGUUAUGAUUAUUAUUAUUAUCUUUGCAAAAGGCAGCAAGGUAUAGGCUAAUUAGAUUGCAUGUGAAAGGAGACUUAAAGGGAGAAACUAACAAAUCCAUCAAUCCAUGUAUUGCUAGUUAGUUUGGGGUUAAUCAAAAAACUACGAUGUUAAAUUUUUUUUGGUCAACAUCAUUUUCUAAUCAAGAGCACACAGCCUCUCAUACUUCAGAGAGAUUAUAGAACAACCAGCCAAAUGCAGCCUCACCACAUGAAGUUAUGUACAGUGCUGUGAAAAAGUAUUUGCCCCCUUUUUGAUUCCU